AUGUUAUUAACGAACAUUUUUCUGUCGAUACUUCUUCAGUAUUUUACAACUAAUACUACUGCUAAUGGAACAAAUAUUUCCAAAAUUUCUAUUGAAAAAGUAUCAGAGGAAGAAAAUGAAAUUUUAAAUGAAAAUGAGCUAAAAAAGCCUGAAGUUAAGCUAAAGCAAUGCGAACAUGUUGAUCCAUACAUGGAUGUAAUAUCUUGGUCAACAGUUAAUGCUAAUGUUAGCAAUUGUGAUCCAGUUACACCAAAAGAAAGUAAUAUGAUAGCAAAUGAAGCAGAGAGACAACGAUAUGAAUGGGGUAUCAAGAAAUUUGCCUAUGAUGUAGUGACAAGUGAUAAAAUUGGACCACGUCGUAAAUUAUCACCUGUUUAUCAUGAAUUAUGUGAAACAUUACCUCGCAAUAUCAGUUUAACUGUAAGCAUAGUUAUUAUUUAUCACAAUGAAGCAUUGUCUGUAUUAAUUCGUAUGUUAAACAGUAUUUUCGAUCAUACUCCAUCUAAUCUUCUUCAAGAGAUUAUUUUAUAUGAUGACUAUAGUGAUUAUGAUACAAUGCUCAUUAAUCACGUUAUCACUUAUGGCAAUUAUGUGUACGCAUCACGUGUGGCCCAUGGUGAUGUUCUCAUAUUCUUGGAUAGCCAUUGUGAAGUAACUCCGUUAUGGAUUGAACCUUUAUUGCUGCCAAUACAGGAAGAUUCCACAAGAGUUGUUCUUCCAGUCGUUGAUUUAAUUAGUGCAAAAACGUUUGAAUUUUCCAAAGCAAUGAUAGCAAAGGGCGCAUUUAAUUGGGAUCUUGAAUUCAAGUGGAAAUAUAUUCCAUGGGAGUAUUGGGAUUUACCGGAAAACAAUAUUAAACCCUUUCGAUCAUCGACUAUGUCAGGCGGUUUACUAGCAAUUGACCGUAAAUAUUUCCAUGCAAUGGGUGAGUAUGAUACCGGAAUGGAGAUCUGGGGAGUUGAAAAUAUCGAAAUGUCCAUUCGGAUGUGGCUUUGCGGUGGAUCCAUCUUAGUAGCACCAUGCAGUCACGUUGGCCACGUAUUUCGUACGCGUCGUCCAUAUACGAACAAACCAGGUGUAGAUUCAAAGUUAUAUAAUUCGCUGCGAACCAUUAAAAUUUGGUUCGAUGAUUAUGAUAAAUACUUCUAUGAGAAACGACCGGAUGCGAAAGGAAUGAAAGCAGGCGAUCUGAGUGAACGCAUGAAAUUAAAGGAAAGUCUCAACUGUAAGCCAUUUCAAUGGUACAUACAAGAAAUUAAUCCGGAACUCGAGCCUAAAAAGAUGCUACAUGAAGAACUAUGA